AUGAGUCCUUCCAAAAUGGCGCGGGUAUUUUGACUGUUUUUCUCUGGUUUUGUAGAUUCUGUGCUGGUGUUUAAUGAUGGGGGCAGCUACCGUCUUCAUUUGUACUUUCAUGUGUGCUGUAUGCUUACCAGUUGGAGCAGCGGUAUCAAAUGAUGACUACAGAUUUGUGAUGUGGACAGAUGAGACGUUGGAUGGCAACACUACAAUGUCCAACACACUCAUCGUUCAGGGGGAAAACUUGACGGUAUAUUGCUGGCUGACAGAUCCCACAAAUGACACCCUGGCCACGAGACAGGCACUGUUUGACACAUAUAUAGCACUCAACCAGGCUCCCUCCCUCACCAUAUACAACAGGACAUGGAGUCAAACUUUUCACUUUCCCUCUACAAACGAGUCUAAAUCUUGGGAACUGACGAUUCCCACAACAGAGUUCAGUCAUCAAGAUAAGACUCCAACAGAACAGUGGAGGGUCUCCUUAGCCCUGGGCCACAGAAACUUUCUCACUCAAGGUUCUCUUCUACUUGUACAGAGAGAGCCCAUCUUGCAUUGGUUGCUAGGAGACCGCCUCCCUGCCCCGCCCGUUCUGUGGGAGAAGGAGACAGAUCAGCUGGUCAUCACCAAGAGCCCGUGUUCUCCUGAUGUGGCUGUUCUGGGCGUGGCUGAAAAUAACUUCACAUCCGCAGGAGUCAUCUUAGGUGUGACGUACCACCACUUCAGAGAAAACUAUACCACAUGGUUCAACAUGACACAAAACCCCAGUCUGUGCAACAUCACGACAGACUGUUCUUUGCUACGAUUGGUGGAUUUCCUUUUGACCAAUCGUCACCUGCUUCUCCUGACCAAUCAGGGCCUGUAUGUGAGCAGUGACCUGAUUGGCUGGGACAGCCUUGCCCAGGUUCAGUUUCUCAGCACAUCCAUCAACAGCCUGAUGUCGGCUGUCUUCCAGGCAGGUAAUGUGAGCAGGGCCAACACCAGACUGUGGAACACACCUGAGUGUGAAUCUGUCACACCUGGCUAUACACCUGCUGAUCAUGUGAUCAUUACCCAUCAUCCUCCAGUAGGGUCAGAGAUUAACAACACCAGUUACUACAGCACUGCUCCCUACACAACAUGGGAGACACUUGCCCCUAACAGUGGGGCAGCAGUCGUGUCUGCUGCAUAUGACAUACAGAAGGACAACUUUGUCAUUCUCAAGCAAACUCAGGAUGGACCCAGAGUGACAGUGGUGUCCAGGACAGGAGGGGGUGGUCAGCUGUACCCCCCUGCGGAGUUCCCCCCCAGUUUCACCCCCUCAGGGCUGGCCUUCCACCCUGUCAAUCAUUUCCUGUAUGCUUAUGGAUCACAAGUGUUUGUGUCCUUAGAUGGAGGAAGUUCCUUUGACCCUAUCCUCAGCCUCCCAGUCGGCCAAUCAGUGUCUUCCUUUGAUGCUGAUGUGCAUCAUGGAACUGUUGCCAUGGUUACCGGUGAAGGAGACAUAUUCUAUGGCACUGCAGAUGACCACGCUCAAUAG